UUCAUUUACCAACUUGCUUUAUCUUCACCUACUACCUCUCCUCCAUGCCCCCGGCAAAAAUGUUGAAAAUUAUCCCUAACCAAACACCAUCCAUUCGCUGUCAGAAACUUUAACGCCGUUAAGUCUAGCGUGACGACCGUCACUCAUCACCAACUCCCGCGUCAAACACACGACCACACGAUUCACCUAACGCUGAGCCGUCAAACCACACCUUCCUGUUCCUUCCUCAACCAAAGCUCUACUAUAAAAACCCGUAUACCCACCGAAAAUCGAAACCAAAACAAAACUCAAACCUAACUCUCUCACUCUCUCUCGUCAUCCUCUUAUUGAGUGCCCACCUUCCUCAUCCUGCGCCAUGGAUCUCCUCCUCUUGGAGAAGACCCUCAUAGCUCUCUUUGUAGCUGUGGUUCUCGCCAUAGCCAUCGCAAAGAUCCGGGGCAAGAAGUUCAAGCUCCCACCCGGACCUAUACCCGUACCCGUAUUUGGAAACUGGCUCCAAGUCGGUGAUGACUUGAACCACCGGAACCUGACCGACAUGGCCAAGAAAUUCGGCGACAUUUUCUUGCUUCGAAUGGGACAGAGGAACCUCGUGGUGGUUUCUUCCCCGGAGCUAGCUAAAGAGGUUCUCCAUACCCAGGGAGUGGAGUUCGGAUCCAGGACCCGAAACGUGGUGUUCGACAUCUUCACCGGUAAGGGUCAGGAUAUGGUGUUCACAGUGUACGGUGAGCACUGGAGAAAGAUGAGGAGAAUCAUGACCGUUCCUUUCUUCACCAACAAGGUUGUUCAGCAGUACCGGUUCGGCUGGGAAUCCGAGGCCGGUAGCGUGGUUGAUGACGUGAAGAAGAACCCCGAGUCGGCCACAAACGGCAUCGUUUUGAGGAGGCGGUUACAGCUUAUGAUGUACAACAACAUGUACCGGAUCAUGUUCGACAGGAGAUUCGACAGCGAGGAUGACCCGCUUUUCGUUAAACUCAAGGCUUUGAACGGUGAGAGGAGUAGACUGGCCCAGAGCUUCGAGUACAACUACGGUGACUUUAUUCCCAUCUUGAGACCAUUUUUGAGAGGUUACUUGAAGAUCUGUAAGGAAGUGAAACAAAAAAGGAUUCAGCUUUUCAAGGACUAUUUCGUUGACGAGAGGAAGAAAUUAUCUAGCACCAAGAGUUCGGACAACGAAGGAUUGAAAUGCGCCAUUGACCAUAUUCUUGAAGCUCAACAAAAGGGUGAAAUCAACGAGGACAACGUUCUUUACAUUGUUGAGAACAUUAAUGUUGCUGCUAUCGAAACAACAUUGUGGUCAAUUGAAUGGGGUAUUGCGGAGCUUGUGAACCACCCCGAGAUCCAGAAGAAGCUAAGGAUUGAGCUCGACACUGUGCUGGGACCCGGCGUUCAGAUCACCGAGCCAGACAUGCACAAGCUACCUUACCUUAAUGCCGUGAUCAAGGAGACACUGCGUCUACGCAUGGCGAUCCCACUCCUUGUGCCCCACAUGAACCUCAACCAGGCCAAGCUCGGCGGCUACGACAUUCCAGCCGAGAGCAAGAUACUGGUUAACGCAUGGUGGCUGGCCAACGACCCCGCCCACUGGAAGAAGCCAGAAGAGUUCAGGCCCGAGAGGUUCUUCGAGGAAGAGUCUAAGGUGGAGGCCAAUGGCAAUGACUUUAGGUUCCUCCCCUUCGGAGUUGGAAGAAGGAGCUGCCCUGGUAUCAUUCUUGCUUUGCCAAUUCUUGGCAUCACUAUUGGACGUUUGGUGCAGAACUUCGAGCUCUUGCCACCAGCGGGACAGACCAAGAUCGAUACGGCGGAGAAAGGUGGACAGUUUAGCUUGCACAUAUUGAAGCACUCCACCAUUGUUUUGAAGCCAAGAUCAUUUUAGAUUUUAUUUAUUCAAGUGUCCCUUUACUCUUACUUUUCUGAUCAUCAAUUUUCUUUUCUUCUUGUGUGUUAAAGUGAAGCAUUUUGUCAAAUUGAACAUUAAGUUUUCCAAGCUGAAAGUUGCUUAAUAUGAAUGUGACAUAUUUUGGGCUGUAACAAUGUAAAUUUGUUGAAACUCAAACAAUAGUUUCUUUAAUAAGUGAUUAUCGAACAUUUUUCCGGGUUAA